AUGCCCGAGAUUCGUCGCGGCAGCUCCGUCCACGCGAGCUCGAACCCGACGUCUCCCCUUGCCGCCUCGACAUCCUCCCAGCUGCCGCCCAUACCGCCCGUCUCGAUAUCUCAAUCGCAGAGCAACGACGAUGCCGUCCUCCGCCAAGCGGCCGAGACUACCUCUGCCACCGACCUGCGAUCGGCCUCAAUCGACCACGCCGGCGACCGGCCGCCGCGCCGCUCCAUCACACUCGCCGCCGUGGUGAAGCCCAGGCGUCACUCCUCCGAUCUCCAUCGCGCAUCAUCCCUCCUCGCCGAGCACGCCACAAGGACAACAUCUCCCUCUGCGGCUACCGACGCUCCUCCGCGCCGCAGCCUCUCGUACGCUCACCGGCCCGAGGCCACCGCCUACUACGAUUCGCGCGCCGCCACCCGCGCCGAGUACCAGCGCCGUGCCAAGACGCUCGAGGAGUACUACGACGAUAACCCCAGCCUGCUACCCCAGCUGCCCUUUACCUGGCACCACGGCUGGCGCCGCUGGCGACUCUUCUUCUUUGCCUUUCUCGUAUUUGUCGACGCCUGCGCCAUUCCCAUUGCCCUCUACUAUGGCAUGUGGUACGCCGGCAAUGUCGAAGGCUACAUCAUCUUUGCCGUCGUCACCACCAUCUGGGGUGGCCCGACCUAUCUCGAGUUCGCCAUCCGCACUCUGCGUCUUAUCAAGAAAGAGCGCUUCUACCGUCCGCUUGGCACCAACAGCCGGUGGUGCUUUGAUGUCACCACAUGGACGUCCGUCAUCACCAUCACGGCAGUCACGGCUCUCUUUGUCGUCGGCAGUGUGCCGCAUAUUGUCUGGCUGCGCGUCCUAUGCAUGCCUGCACCGGCCAUUUUGUAUUCCAUUGGUGGUGUCAUGGCCCUGAUUCUGCUUUACCAACAGAUGGGCUGGAAAGCACCUUUUCGACUCAGCUCUACCCCCAAGGGUGGCAAGGUUCUCCCUCCGGUCUAUUACUUUAUCGAAGACGUCAUCGCUGUCAAUGCUGGCGCCGGCCGCCCCUUUCGCGAGGCUCUCGCCGCCCGCUACAAGGCCAGCCCUCGUUUUCGGCGCAUGCUUUACAUCCAGUCCGUCUUCUGGUGCAUCCCGGCCCUCGUCAUCGCUAUUCCCCUCACCGUCAUUGCCGUCAUCCAUGCCGUCCCCGCUACGGCGGCCUACGGCAUUUGCUGGGCCGUUCCCUUUCUCUGGAUGGUCAUCUGGGGUGUCAUCUCUGUCUACUGGUGCAAGGCCGACAUGGUCCGCGAGCGUCUUGAGUGGCAGGCCGGCAAGGUCGAGGGCGCCAUCACACCGAUGCCUCACUCGUCGCCAUCAUCGACCCCGUCGCCGGACAAGCAGCAGCGAAGUGAUACAACAACAACCACCGCUGAGGAAGCAUAG